AUGCUAGAGGAUUCUUUCGAGAACGAGGAUAAUGCUAUUCUGCAGAGCCUCGAGACACUGCAAUUUGCAGUGCUCUGCAUACCAGUGCUGUUAGUGAUCGCGAUGCACACACUCGCAGCACAUACCUUUAAUGACAUCAAUGCUCUGCCACCAGACAUGCAGCCUUACAUGAAGAGUUCCGGCAUUACGCAUCUACCUCUCGACGAAGCAGAUCUCGGCGAAGCAGCCCUCGACAUUCAACAUCGUUACUACAAAGAUCAAAGGCAUGCUGCUAACCCGUUCAUUGAGGGAGUUCGCGGCCCGCCAAUUCAAACGGUGAACACUCUCCCACCAAACUUAGAAACGUUGAAUCUCAGGGUAAUACUCCGGCGAGGUGAUGCAGGGCUGCCCACUGAAUCGGGACCGCCAUCCAAAAUUGAUAAUAUCCUGUGGGUGUCGCACUUCAUAGGUCUCGUCCGAAAUGUAGGGAAGAAGCUACCGUCCCUCAAAAACAUCGGCAUCCUGAUCCAGGGCCGCGACUGGCCGGAAGCCGAACACAGCUUCUUGUUCCAGGACAUUGUUGAAGAAUGCUCGAAUGCAUGCUUGAAACUGAAAGGUUGA